GUCACUCGCCGGCCAGCCAGCCUGCCGAUUAUGGAGGCGAUCGGGUUCAAUGCUCACUCUGGCUUCCUCGAGGGGAUCAUCAGAGGCUACAAGGCUGGCCUGCUCACGACGCAACAUUACAACUCGAUGACCCAAUGUGAGACGCUAGAAGAUCUGAAGCUGCAGCUCUCCGGAACGGACUAUGGCAACUUCCUCGCCGAUGAGGCACCGCCAAUCGCUACUUCUGCUUUCGCCGAGCGAGCGACGGACAAGCUCGUCGACGAGUUCAACUACCUCCGAAGCAACGCGACAGGCUCUCUGGCCAAGUUCCUCGACUACAUGACGUAUGGCUACAUGAUCGACAAUGUCAUUCUGCUCGUCACUGGCACGUUGCACGAGCGAGACACGCACGAACUACUAGAGCGGUGUCAUCCCUUGGGCACUUUUGACACAAUGCCUGCACUCUGCGUUGCUACAAACGUCGAGGAGCUCUACAACAGCGUGCUCGUCGAAACUCCGCUAGCGCCCUACUUCCGUGGCUGCCUAUCGGCCCAGGAUCUCGACGAGCUCAACAUUGAGAUCAUCCGCAACACGCUCUACAAGGCUUACCUCGAAGAUUUCAACGACUUUUGCCAAUCGCUCGGCUCGCCGACCUCAGAUGUCAUGUCUCUCAUCCUCUCAUUCGAAGCCGACAGGAGGACACUCAACAUCACUGUCAACUCGAUCGGCACGGGCUUGAGCAAAGAGCAAAGGGCAAAGCUGUUCCCCAAGCUGGGCAGGUUGUACCCGGAAGGCAACAACAUCCUUGCGAGGGCAGACGAUAUCGAUCAGGUCAAGUCUGUCGUCGAGAACAUCCCAGAGUACCGAGACUUCUUCUCUGGACCGAAUCACGACCUUUCUGAGGACGACAACGGCAAUAGCGCAGCAGAAGGUCUGGAGGAGCAUUUUUUCCGAGUGAGCAUCGCGUCAUCCCUUCCAAUGAUGGCGACUGAUCCUGGAGUACAGCACGAGGUCUAUCUCAACAAGCUCGCAUUCAUGCAGCAAUUCCAGUACGGCGUCUUUGCAAGCUACGUCAGGCUGAAAGAGCAAGAAGUCAGGAACCUCACAUGGAUCGCCGAGUGCAUUGCGCAGAACGCGCGAGAUCGCCUGGGCGAUAUUGUACACAUUUUCUGAAUGCAAUCUGUCCUCACACUGCGAUCCCUGCAGUCACGCUACCCGAUGCCGAAUAUAUCCCUCAGGGGCCUGCUGGCUAGAUCCUUAUAGGCUCUCGCGAGCGGAUCCAAGAGCCUUAUUUCGUCGUGCAGCGUGAGACGCAGCGCUCGCAAAAUGUAGAUUACGUAAUGAUUUCCUGUCACACAUACGCGGGCCCGUCGUGCGAAUUCCCCCCGCGCAAGACUUGGCGACAAACUGUCGAGCGAGGCCCGCCAGUCACCACAGUGCCGACGCAGAGGCCACACAACCUCUCAGGCGACCUCUGUCAGCUUGAUAAACACACUGGCGAGGUGAGUGUGGGCUUCUCUGACUGGGUCAUCGUGCUGAUAAUUCGCCUUGUUGACAGCUUCUGUCGACAAUCUGGCGAGCAAACUGGCGAUACUCUCAGCCCUUCUCAGCCUCGUCAGCCGUUCUCUCGGGCCCGACUACAAG